AAAUCUAAGGAGCUGCAGUUGCAUAGAGAUUAUUUUUGUGCAAGUGGGCAAAUUUUGGACAAAUAGUCAAAAUGAGUGAAGAAUUUACACCCAGAAACUACCAAGUGGAACUGAUGAAAAUUGGUUUAGAAAAGAACUCAAUUAUAUUUUUACCCACUGGAUCAGGUAAAACUUUCAUUGCCUUAAUGAUUCUGAAGCAGAUGAGCGGAAGCCUCUUGGAAUCUUACUGCAAUGGAGGGAAAAUAACGAUCAUACUGGUGAACACUAUCGCCUUGGUCGAUCAGCAUAGCAAAUACAUUCUGGACCACACGAAUCUGACCGUGGGUCAGUACACCGGAGAGAUGAACCUGGAUUUCUGGCCCAGAGAACAGUGGUAUACGGAAUUCGAUCAACAUCAAGUUCUCAUUAUGACCUCUCAGAUACUGGUCAAUUUAGUCAAUAACAAUUAUAUGGAUUUGAACCGCGUGAACCUGCUGAUCUUCGACGAAUGCCAUCGCGGCGUCAACGAUCACUCGAUGCGCCAGCUGAUGAAGACGUUCGGCUCGCUUGGCUCGCCGCCCCGCGUCAUCGGCCUCACGGCCACGCUGUUGAACGGCAACUGCAAGCCGACGCGCGUCAUGCAAGCUGUGCUAGAACUCGAGACGACCUACCACAGCAAGGUGGCUACAGUCGACGGACUGGACAAGGUCGUAGGGUAUUCAACAAAUCCGAUUGAAGACUUCAAGAUAUGCAAGCCCCACGAAUCGAGAACACAUGAAACGUUGGCCAAAAACAUACUAGACAGAACCAUUACCGUGCUCAAACUCAUCCAUCCAGAAGUCAAACGGACGGUGAACUCUUUGCGACUGCAAGGUCUCAAGCCAUUAGACCCGGAAGACGGUUAUCGCGACCUGUGGAACCUCGUGACCGAUCUGCGCUUCCACGUGGAGACGAUGGGCGCCUUUGGCGGUCUCAAGGCCACCACGGCCCACCUCGUGCAAGUCGAGCGCAUCAAGAAGCACUGCCAGGAUUUGUCCUUCUUCGAGAUACUCAAUUUCGUGCAGACGUCGAUGUCGUUCGUCGAAGAAGUGCUGGGAAGUGCGAUGAGAGGUUACGACGAACUAUCGCAGAUAAUGAGGUUCUCGUCCGACAAAGUCCUGAUGCUGAUCAACAUUCUGCGGGAGUACAAGGCGAGAUCGAAGGAGGAGCUGUGCUGCCUGAUAUUCACGCAACGGCGCUUCACCGCCAAGGUCAUCUACCACGUGCUGGACGCUCUCAGACAGGCGGACGAGGAGUUCGCUCACAUCAAACCCAACUUCAUGGUCGGCUACAACAACAAUCCCAUGAACGACACGAGGGAGGGCCUGUUCAUAUCCAAGAAAAACAAACAGGUGUUGAAUAGUUUCGUCAACAAGGAGAUAAACGUCCUGGUGGCCUCGAACGUGCUAGAAGAGGGCGUCGACAUACCGAAAUGCACCCUCGUCAUCAAGUACGACAAACCCGAAGACUACCGAUCGUACAUCCAAUCGAAGGGCAGAGCCAGGCACAAGGACAGCCUGUACUACAUCGUCGUCGAGAGGGAUGAUUUCACCAAGUACAUGGGGAAGUACCGGCAAUUCCAGGAAGUGGAGGAGACCCUCAAUAACUAUCUGAUCGGAAAAAAUAAAGAUAGAUUGGAACCGUCGAAACGGGCCAUAGAAGAGAUGUACAACGAGGACGAGCUGCCGCCUUACUACGUAGACGGACCUGGCUCAGCGCAGGUCAACAUGCAGUCUGCCAUUUCCCUCCUCUGUCAGUAUUGCAACUGUCUUCCCUCGGACAUUUAUACCAUCCUGGCGCCAGAGUGGUACAUUAAAGGAAAAUCUACAAGUGAUAGAGACCAAGAGAAAAUGUUAAGCGUGGUCAUCCUUUUGCCGACGAUCUGUCCCGUUUUAGAUUUGAUUGCGGGUCCUUACAUGAAGUCGGCCAAGGUGGCGAAACGCGCCGCCGCCCUGAAAGCGUGCGAGAUGCUUCACAAGGCGGGCGAACUCGACGACCAUCUGCUGCCCAGGAAGAACGAGGUCAAAGAGGAGGACGUCAGCUUCCUGUUCACUCAUUACCCCGCCAAAAAGGAGCUGUUCGUGGGCAGUUCCAAGGUCCGCCGGUUGCACAAGAAAAAGGUCGCGCAAUCUACCAAAGGGCGGAUAAUGCCGAACGCGCCCGCCUUCUUGCACGUCGUUGAUCUGGCGCCGCAGUUCAAGCGGAGCGUCGAGCCGAACGACGGCCAUCUUUACGACGCCUUCGCCGCCUCUCUGACCUUUGGCCUGCUGACCGCCCAGCCACUGCCCACGCUGUGCGACUUCCCCGUCUAUCCGGCCUUGGGCACGGUGAACGUCCACGUCAAGGUCAACAGGAAAGUGGUGUCCCUAACCGAAGCCCAACUCCUGCAAGCCAAACAGUUCCACGUGCGCGUAUUCAGCGACGUACUCAAGAUCGCCCACCCCUUCCUGAUGAUGGACGACGACGAGGAGGCCGAAACGUUGCUGCUGGUGCCGGUCGACAAGUCGAGCGACUGCAUCGAUUUCGACAGCAUGAGCGUGCUGCGGCGAGUGAAGCCGAACGUCGAGCCGACGACGCACGAGAAGAAGGGUCUACGAGUGGGGGUCGAGAGUCAUUUGGGGAAGAUAGUGACGCUUUGGUAUCGAAAUGCUCCGCCUCCGCAACCCUGCCUCGUCACCGAGAUCUGCCACGACCGAGACGCCCUCUCGCGCUUCACCAACGAAGACUACAACUGCACCUUCAAGGAAUACUUCGAGCGACGCUACGACAUUAAGAUCCACAACCCCCAGCUGCCUUUGCUGCUCACCAAGAGCCUCACCAAGCGCAAGAACUUCGUCAAACCGAAGGGCAGAGAGGCGAAGCGCAAGCGCGACAGAGCGAACGAGGAGCGGCCGCAGCACCUGCUGCCUGAGCUCGUCGUCUUGCAGGACUUUCCCGCUUCGCUGUGGGUGCAGGCCAGUCUGCUGCCCACCGCGCUGUCGCGGGUCAGUUUCCUGCUGCAAGUGGAAGAGCUGCGCGCGCAGGUAGCUAAGGAGGCGGGGCUUGGAAAAGAGGUGGUGGGGAAAAGGAAGCCAUUGCGGUUGGACGAGUAUCUGAUUAAGUACGAGGCGUUUAUCGAGGAAGAGGCGGAGACGGACAUGCUCGAAGGCGACAGAAUUUCGGUGAUCCCUCCAGUGUUUUGGGAUCGCAACCAGGACUAUGCAGCCAUAGUCACCAAGAUGUUGGAGGCGCAGUACCCGUGGAGGGAUGCCGAAGAGCCCAAGGACCUCGAGAGGGACCUUACCGUGUCCAUUGGAGACGUUGAACGGUACGAGACGUUCAUCAGUCAGAAGCCGGAGGUUGGCAAGGUGUCGAUCGAUAGCUCGAUGGUGGACAAGAAGCUUAAUAUUGCCGGAAGCCCGGAGUUCGUGCAGAAACCGUUGGCGUUGCUGGAUACGGCGUUGGGCGAGGACGGACCUGAGCUGUGCGAGCUGUACAGGGCGCUAACAGCUGCCAAGGCAAACGACAUCGUCAACCUCGAAAGGCUGGAAACGCUCGGCGAUUCCUUCCUCAAGCUCAUCUCUUCGGUGUACAUCUCGUUGCGCUUCCCCCACUACGACGAGGGGCGCGCCACCAAUCUCAAGUCGCGGCUGGUGAGCAACAAGAACUUGUACUAUCUGGCGGUGCGGAAGGAGUUGGGCGGCGUGAUGAAGUUCAAUGAGCUGUCGCCGGACACCGAAUGGCUGCCGACAGGUUUCACUAUUCCGCGUUUGAUGCAGGACCGGAUCGAAUCGAAGAAUUUGUCUCUGAGGGCUCUGUACGAUCUGACUAUUCCGGAGGAUGAGCAGAUUUCCGGUAAACUGUCUGAAGCGACGUCUGAAGUCAUCAGACGUUUAGAUAAGGUUCCCGAUGAUACUGAAGAGUUGUCGUACCACGGCAAAGGCCCCUUCCUCAAGAGCCAGUACAUCGGCGACAAACACGUCGCCGAUGUGGUGGAGUCGCUGUUGGGAGCUUAUAUCAGCUCUUGCGGAAUCCUAGGCGGAAUAAAAUUCGUGGAAUGGAUGGGCAUCGUGCCGGCAUCGGAGGACCUCGCAGGCAUGCUGAGAAAGCCGCCGAUAUCGCCGGUGCUUAACAAAGAGGCGACGCAGGCAAAUAUCGACUAUCACUUGCCGCACUGGCAUGCCGUCGAGCGCAUCCUCGGCUACACUUUCAGCAACAGGGCGUAUCUACUGCAGGCUCUGACGCAUGCCUCGUACACCCCGAACCGGAUCACGCUCUCCUACGAGAAGCUCGAGUUCCUCGGCGACGCCAUCUUGGAUUUCCUCAUCACGUGCCACAUCUACGAGUCGUGCGGCAACCUGAACCCCGGCCAGCUGACCGAUCUGAGGAGCGCCCUGGUCAACAACAACACGUUCGCUAGCCUCGUCGUCAGGAACGGCCUGCACAAGUUCCUGCUGAUGAUUAAUUCCACGCUCCAAGGGAUGAUCGACAAGUUCGUCGGCAUAAUGGAGACGAAGCAGUUCGAGAUCGACGACCAGGUGCUCAUUUUGUUGGAGGAGCAGGACUACAAUAUGGCGGAGUCCGUGGAUGUUCCCAAGAUUCUGGGCGACAUGUUUGAAGCCCUAGCCGGCGCCGUCUAUUUGGACAGCAACAAGGACCUGAAGACCGUGUGGAAAGUUUUUUACAGGCUUAUGUACAAGGAGAUCGACCUGUUCAGCAAGGAUGUGCCCAUGAACAUUAUAAGGCGGCUCUUCGAAUGUGUCGGAGCCGAACCUAAAUUCGGUGAAAGUAAAUCUGUUACUAGCCAGAAGGUGAUGGUGCCGCUGCAGUUUUCGCUCAAAGGUGCAAGAAAAAUUGUACACGGCUUCGGUAGUAACAAGGUUAUGGCCAAGAGAGCCGCUGCCAAAAUGGCGCUACGUUUCUUGGAGGAAUAAUAAUGCCAAAAAUGCCAUCGACUUCGAUGACUCACAAAUCAUGUUUAAAAAACAUACGGGGAAAAAAUUAAUGUGAUAUUGGGAUUUUCUACGUUUCCAAAUAAUGAAAUUAUUGUUUUAUGUUUAUUAAUUUUAUUAUUUAGUUUAUGUUUGAUGAAAAGUAUGGGGGAGUCAGACCGACAAACUUCGUUUUUCUAAUUUUGACAUGUAAUUUGACACUUCACUUCAAAACUAAUGGAAAUUUUGAAACCUCUUAAAGUAACCAGUUGGGUAAAGUAAAAUAUUACAUAACUGGUGAUGGAAUGUUCAUUUCAACACCACUAACGGAACCGAUUUUUUAACGCCUCGACACGUGUUUCGCUAACUAUGUUAGCAUCUUCAGGAGAAGAUUAAAAACAGUUUCAGUUUCAAUCUUCUCCUGAAGAUGCUAACAUAGUUAGCGAAACACGUGUCGAGGCGUUAAAAAAUCGGUUUGGUUAGUGGUAAAACAGUGUAGUGUAUUAUCGUGCCAAAGGUUCCAGUCUUCGAUAUACCACUAACGGAAUAAAAAUAUAGAUAAACAAAGAUAAUAGUGCACUGUGAGCAGGUUUCUCCAUAUCACUUGGAAAUCUGAACUUGAACCAGCCAUUUUCCACUACUGAAGAGAUCAAAUGAG